AUGCAAACGCCGGCCAUGUACGCGCCCGACAUGAUUGUGGUCCAGUGCGACCUCCUCAUCCAGUCGACGACGCCGAUCGCGCGCAACUGUGUCGAGCUCGAUGCGCACGCGCACGGCGCGCUCGUGUCCUUUCCCGAAGACAACGACGCGUACACGGGCGUGCUCACGCCAUCGAUCGGCGAGCUCCUGCAGCCUUUCCACAUUGCGUCGAACGAACUGCAGCAGUUUUUCACACCGCUGACCCUCGCUGCGCUCACGCAGCACGUUGGCCACGCACUCAACCUCUGCCACGUCAUGCCCGGCAACGUCCAGGCACCUGUCGUCGUGCAGCUCUGCGAGGUGUGGCUCCUCGCGACCAUCGAGAUGCAGUACGCGACAGGCACGCUGCGCCUCCAAGUGUCGUCGGGCGACGCCAACCUCGGCGACACGCUCUUCGAUGCGCUUGUCGACGCCACCUCGAGCGCCCACUAG